AAAGGCGGUGCGGACAGCGGCGCCGGCGUGGACGACGGGACCGGCGGCGAGGAGGAGGCCAGGUCGCAGCAGCCGCGACUCCGCCGGGCCGCGGGAGGAAACGGCGGCACCAGCGGCGGCAGCAUCAGGAUGAAGGAUUUUACGCCAGGAGGGGGAGCCGCGUCCACAGCGAGCAAGAACUCCAACAACAAUGAGCUCUGCCUUCCGCCAGGCGAGAGUUCCGCACUUGCUCCUGCUGCUGCUGCCACUACAACCUCUGCCGCCACCGGCCAGGGAGAUGGUGUGGGACUCGCACCCCGCGGCGGAGGAGGCGAAGGGGCACCUGGAGCCGCUGGAGUAGCAGCUGCCGCCGCCGCCGGUGGUGGUGGGUGCAACAGCACGGCCGCCAGCACAGGCAUGAAAUGCAACAAAAACGGAGACUGCCGGAGAGACCCAGCCGCGACAGGGAGUCUAUCUUCUAUCAUCUCUAAGCAGGGAGGAGGAGGAGGAUCGGGAGCCGAAGACAGGAGGAAGUCGGGCGCCUCCAGUUCCGCGACCGCCGGCAUGGACGGGACAACCACCCCGGCCGGGUCGCUCUCGCAGGGUCUGGGGGGCGAGACCGCCAGCCCCGGCGCCGCCAACACAGCCCCGGGCGCCGCGGACAAGAAGGACUCCAGGGUGUCCUUCUCCAACGCGCCCAGCCGGAAAGCCUCUUCCUCCGUGUACGGCCCGGGCCAGGGCCAGCCCCCGCAGCCCCGGAACUCGGUCCAGUUUGUCAAGUCCGAGGACGGGACCCAGAUCGUGGCGGAGGACGGGGAGCAGCGGGGCAGCCAGGCCAGCUUCAUGCAGCGGCAGUUCAGUGCCAUGCUGCAGCCGGGGGUCAACAAAUUCUCCCUGCGCAUGUUUGGAAGCCAAAAGGCGGUGGAGCGGGAGCAGGAAAGGGUUAAGUCUGCAGGCAAUUGGAUUAUUCACCCGUACAGCGAUUUCAGGUUCUACUGGGAUUUCACAAUGCUGUUGUUCAUGGUGGGUAACCUGAUCAUCAUCCCCGUGGGGAUCACCUUCUUCAAAGACGAGACCACCGCCCCCUGGAUUAUCUUCAACGUGGUCUCCGACACCUUCUUCCUCAUGGACCUGGUGCUGAACUUCCGCACGGGCAUCGUCAUCGAGGACAACACGGAGAUCAUCCUGGACCCCAAGAAGAUCAAGAAGAAGUACCUGAAGACGUGGUUCGUGGUGGACUUCGUCUCCUCCAUCCCCGUGGAUUAUAUCUUCCUGAUCGUGGAGAAGGGCAUCGACUCCGAGGUGUACAAGACAGCCCGCGCCCUGCGGAUCGUGCGCUUCACCAAGAUCCUCAGCCUGCUCCGCCUCCUGCGGCUGUCCAGGCUCAUCAGAUACAUCCACCAGUGGGAGGAGAUCUUCCACAUGACCUAUGACCUCGCCAGUGCAGUGAUGCGGAUUUUCAAUCUAAUUGGGAUGAUGCUUCUCCUGUGCCACUGGGAUGGUUGCCUACAGUUCCUGGUGCCCAUGCUGCAAGAUUUCCCUAGCGAUUGCUGGGUGUCUUUAAAUAAGAUGGUGAACAACACGUGGAGUGAGCUGUACUCCUUCGCCCUCUUCAAGGCCAUGAGUCACAUGCUGUGUAUUGGAUAUGGGCGCCAGGCCCCAGAGAGCAUGUCGGAUAUCUGGCUCACCAUGCUGAGCAUGAUCGUGGGCGCCACCUGCUACGCCAUGUUCAUCGGCCACGCCACCGCGCUCAUCCAGUCGCUCGACUCCUCGCGGCGCCAGUACCAGGAGAAGUACAAACAAGUGGAGCAGUACAUGUCCUUCCACAAGCUGCCCGCGGACUUCCGGCAGAAGAUCCACGACUACUAUGAGCACAGAUACCAGGGCAAGAUGUUUGAUGAGGAGAGCAUUCUGGGAGAGCUGAACGAGCCGCUCCGCGAGGAAAUUGUCAAUUUCAACUGCCGGAAACUGGUGGCGUCCAUGCCCCUCUUCGCCAACGCCGACCCCAACUUCGUCACGGCCAUGCUGACCAAGCUGCGCUUCGAGGUCUUCCAGCCGGGCGACUACAUCAUCCGCGAGGGCACCAUCGGCAAGAAGAUGUACUUCAUCCAGCACGGCGUGGUGAGCGUGCUGACCAAGGGCAACAUGGGCAUGAAGCUUUCGGACGGCUCCUACUUCGGAGAGAUCUGCCUGCUGACCCGGGGGCGCCGCACGGCCAGCGUGAGGGCCGACACCUACUGCCGCCUGUACUCGCUGUCCGUGGACAACUUCAACGAGGUUCUGGAGGAGUACCCCAUGAUGAGGAGGGCCUUCGAGACCGUGGCCAUCGACCGGCUGGACCGCAUAGGGAAGAAGAACUCCAUCCUGAUGCACAAGGUCCAACACGACCUCAACUCGGGCGUCUUCAACAACCGCGAGAACGAGAUCAUCCAGGAGAUUGUCAAGUACGACCGCGAGAUGGCGCAGCAGGUGGACCUGCAGCGGCCCCGGGCCAUGUCGAUGACCCCGCCGCUCCACGGGGGCCUGUUCGCCCCGCCCGGCCAGCCUCCGGUCAGCUCCGCCAUCGCCACCCUGCAGCAGGCGGUGGCCAUGAGCUUCUGCCCUCAGAUGGCCAGCCCCCUGGUGGGCUCGGUGGCCCUGCAGUCCCCCCGGAUGGUGCGCCGCUUCCAGGUGGUGCAGAGCCUGUCCAGCCCCGUGUCCAUGUCCCCCCUGCAGCCCCAGCCCCCGCCCCAGCCCCCCCAGAUGUCCAGCGGGGCCUUUGCUUCGGCCAUCUCCAGCCCCCCAGUUCAGAGCCCCCUGGCGGCGGCGGGGCGGACUUUCCAGUAUAGCUCCAGCCCUGGGGGGGGCACCCAGUCCGGCUCCCAGCUCUCUCUGGUCCAGCAGCGAGCCCCCAGCCCCCCGCAGCGCCCCGCCGCCCACAAAAGCACCCACUCCUUGCACGCCGGCAGCCUGAGCCAAGACGCCCGGCCGCUCUCCGCCUCCCAGCCCUCCCUCCCCCAUGACGGGGCGCCGCCGGCCGCCCCCAGCCCCCCCCAGUCCACCCGCGUCUCCUCCACCUCCAUAGGGCCCCCCCAGACCCACCCCGGCACCCCGGUGUCCUCGGGGUACAGGGGUCCGGGGCCCCAGCGGGUCGUGCUGCCCCAUCAGAUGUCCGUGGCGUCCUACCCGCCCACGCCCCCCUCUGGCGCCGCGCCAGGGAUGGGAGCAGGCACCGCGCCGGCGCCAGGGGACUCGGGAACGCCCAAGAAAGAUUCGGUAGUCAGCCUCCCCGAUACGGACCUGGCCAAAUCUAGGCUAUCUUCCAAUUUGUGACCUGGACCGUGGGAUCGGCGUGGGGGGUCUUUCGUUUCUUGAGCUCAAAAUGGGUCUUGCCCCCUCCCCACCAACCCUCCUCCCCUUAUUCCCCCACCCCCCUCCCCGAAUCCGAAAAUCCACCAAAUGUUUGUCGGGCGAGGGCCGAAAAGGAACGCCCAAGACGUGUGUGUUUAAGGAUCUGAAGUCUGUACAAAUCUACUGACCAAUUUUAAAAACUGAUGGGAUGUUUCUACUCUGCCCACAAGCGUAGAUGCGUAACGGUAGUCUCUCCCCACGUCCUGUCUCUGAUUCCACCUCUUUUUCUGCUUUCUUUCCUGUAAAGUGUAUUCAGACACAUAAAUAUUGUAUCGGUUAAAUACUGUACAGAAUCCAAACAAUGCAACCUACCACGAGCUGGACACAAGGGUAAUCAGGGACCUGCUACUGGCGACAGUGGUGUUGUUCGACGCUUCACAGAGUGGUGUCAGUGUCUCCUCUCUCCCUGUUUCAACGAGCUAAUUAACUUGGUGUUUCUGCUCAUGGUUAUCUCCUGGCAUUCGUUUUGGAAAAAACAAAAAAACAAAAGAAAAAAAAAAAGAGCUGAUAGUGUUUUAGACCGCUGGUCGAUCUUCAAUCGAUAGGUUACAAAAAAAAAAAGGGAAAUGUGUUGUUUUUUUUUUGGCAAUUGAAUCUUCGUUGUAUAUUCUCAAGACCAAAGUUAAGCUUGAACACUGUUUGGGAUGUCUGUCAUCUUAAAGAAACUACGACGGCGACGACGAAAAAUGCCAUUUAUUUAACUGCCUUGAUUCUGACUUUAGAAGCCAUAUUCUUAGUUUUAUGUAUGUGUGUGUGUGUGUGUGUGUUGCUUCGUUCUGUCAUGUUACAAGAGUGGCGAUUUUGUAGGUUCGUCAGGCCUGGUCUCAACUCCCCCUCUCCUCCCUCCUUCUGCUUUCCUUUCCAAAUGCUGGUGCUGAGUUGGCUCUGUCUGUUCUCCCAGCCCGGAGAGUGCUGCCUAGCGGCUGUCAGCGGGUUGUCCUGGCAGUGGGGGAAAAGUCGAAUGUCAGGAGAGUCAGAGAGCAUUAAACUACCGGUCAUCCAUAAUGCCCAAGAAAAAAAAAAUCGCUUCACGAGGAUCUUAAACUGCCAAACAAAAUGUCCCCCACUCAUCGGCUUUUCAGUAAGGGAUCUAUUGGAAAUGCUCCCUUUUAAAAUACACAGUUCAGCAUUUACCACAAAAUGGAGUUUAUAAUGAAAGUUUGGGAGGGAUGACAACAGCCUAGUUCAGUCAGACUUGGCUGUCAGUCAUUCACAAUCAAUUCUGUUGUCACUUCCUCUCCUAAAACACUAAAUACUGUACGUGAUCCCGUUCUCUCCCUCCCACACAUCUUUUUACAUCCCUCCUCCACCCCAUCAGCACCUCUGCAGCUGCCCCUUGGUCACCCCUCACUCUGCAGGGAGGUGGGGGGUCUCUCUGCCUCCUCAUCCUCUGGGCAGGAGGUCGGCCCACAGCCAAGUGGCUUCAGCCAAAAUUUGGAUUAACCAUGAUCUUUUCAGUACAUCUAAUUCUUGGGUGGUGUUAUUCGUAGUGAAAAGAUGCAAUCAUAUUAAUGCCAAAAUUCAAUAUUUUAAGUCUGCACGCAUGCAGACAUGCAUUUGUAUAUAUGUACAGAACCGAUGAAUGAGCAAGCCCAGUCAAACCCGCUACAGGAAGAAAAACUCCUUACUUAGGAAACGGAUCAAGUCUCACCAUGCUGAACAGGGCUGAUGGGAAUGGAUAUCUGUGCCUAACAUACCGAUCAGCUUAGGAAGGUCUGCGAUUUACAGAUACAACUAGUAGAUCUGACAGCCAGUUGGAACAGCAGCUGGUAGCCACUUUAUUCCCACUGGCACGUUUGACUUGACUGUCCAGAUGUUGCCCCCGCGACCAAAACGAGCCCACGGUCACUGGAUCUCCGGAGGCGUAGUCCACAGAUCCUUCCUGCAAACACAGUGGGAUCUGCGUCACUCGGACACGUCCAGAGUAACCCUAUGCGUGUGCAUGUGCCUGUCCUUUGGCUGGUGUAUCCUGCAAGGUUUAGACAUUUGAAUUCCCAAAUUUGCAAGGAGUCUUUCCAGCAUCGACAUCAUUCCAAAGUUGACUGUGAUGCCCAGGUAUUCCCUGGCGGCAGUAGCAGCACAUUUCCUGAGUGGAAAGCAAUCUUCUCCAAGAAUAGUUUCCCAUUUUCGAACCUCUCCCAAGUCCCCUGGUGAUUAACGGAGAAUUGCAGAGUACAGUUCUGCCCAAGGCAGGACAGCUUCAAUCCUAGGGUCAAAUGCUUAUGAAGGUCUCCAUGGCUAGGAGUAGGAUUCAACAUCCCUUCGUGACCCACUCCUGCAAGCAAUACACACAUGAGCAGUGCUGUCAGCAGCUGAGGAAUGAGUACCUGACUCAGUCUGGUUCCUGUUCUAAGAAGCAGACCGCAAAAUGAGCUCAUCCCAAGGUGCUAGUUGCAGUUCUUCAGAAAGUUCUUUUUAUUUGCAGCUUUCUUCAAUAGGGCCAGCACUUAUUUUCAGCCACUGCCUGUUUUAAUCGGGAUCACAUACUGGACCAGGCUGGAUUUGGCCGAGCUGGACUGGAAUGGCAGGUUUUGUUCUGUAGCAUUUCUAGGUGGAUUAAAUCAGACUGAUUCAGUGAGAGUAGUCUCAAGCAGGGGAGUUUGAAUUUGACUGAAAAUCUAGUUCAGCAAUUUGACUUUUUUGAGUGGCGCUUUUCAGAAGUGUGGAUUCUAACUGGGGGAACGUGUAGUUGGAUGUAGUAGUUCAAAUGUUAAUUGACAUCUGAAUUACUGACGCAGAGUACAUCAGAGCCUGUGCAUUUGUGAAGGGGAUCUUUAUUUUCACUCCCUGUUUCCUAACUGAAGUACAGUACAGUAUAAAAUUUUGCAGCCUGAAUGUAUUGUGGGCAAUGAACUGUUUGUACACGCAGCAAUGGGUCUUUGAUUUGUGGGCUUCAAGGAUGUUAAGGAUUAUGCAUUCCAUUAUUGUUAAAUUUAUACAGGUUUUACAGUGGAGAAAAAGUGUUUCUGUAAUAAAGUAACUGCAGGUGUUUUGGAGAUCCAGACACUCAUUUUAUAUGUAAAAAACAACCUGUAUUCAGUACGUGAUACGAUGUAAAACUGGGAUACGAAGCAUAGAACUGUAAAAGAAAAAAAAACACAGCACUGGAUCUGGAGCAAUUGGAUUUGGACAACACAAACAGUACCUCCCACUGCAUCUGUGCUAACUCAGCUCCAGUGACAGUGUUAAAAAAAACGCCUGGCCUGUCACUUGGCCUGUGAAAGUGAAUGGCAUGGAUUGGAGCCCUACCCAGAGACUGUGGCAGUCCUGUCAGUCCUGUGCCAAGCUCUCUGCCCUACCCAGAAUUUCUUAAUCCUACGAGAAAAGACAAACUGCACCUUGAAUUAUCACAGGGCAGAGUGUGUAUGUUCUGAAAUCAUCUCAGAAAAAGCUGCUAGUGUUCUUUUUUCAGUUUUAAGUUUUGUUUUAGUUUAAGAACAAGAACAGCAUGGAAACAUCCCUUCCUCUCCCUCCAUUAGAUUGCGAUUUCCAGCUCAUCUGAAAAUUAAGCUGUUCUGUCCCUGUACUGGGCAUCAGCAACUACAGUAUGUCACCAGCUUGGUACACACUCUGUGUUGUCUGAACAAACUGAAUGCACAGAAGAGACCAAUUAUUAAAGCAAUAAGAUCCUGAUUACCGCAGAGGAUUUUACAAAAAAAAAAAGCAAAACUCAAAAACUAACCACAACAAAAAAUAUUCAAAAUUGCUAGCAUUUUGCACAUUUUGCCAUAGAGUCUGCUAGAUUGAUGUAAAAGAUUGGUCUUAAAGUAAAGGUUCACUACAGUCUUACACAAGCUUGUGCUGUUUCCUGGGAGAAAGACAGGCCUAAGUGUUCUGUACUGAAUUCAGGAUUGUGUUAAAUUUAAUGCUAUCACAGCUUGCAGCAAAACAUCUUUGGGCCUUCCUGAAGAUUGUACAGUAGUUUUCUCACCUUCUGUGAGUUGUAAUACUGCAACUCUGAAAUGAAUGCUUUUAACCGGAAGAAGAAACCUAGUGUAUAUAAACAAUACUAGUGUAUUGUUUCCACCAAAGCAGCUGUCGUGUACAAAUUCAUACCUAGAUUAAAGAUUAUGCACUGUAUGCAUGAGGACAAGGGUUAUGUGCAGGGGCUUAAAAGAUGCGAGAAAGCAUGCUUCUUUGAAAAAUAACAGCUAGUCAGAAAUCAGUUCAAUUUGGCAGUUUUGGUUUAAUAUGACAAAAAUGUGAUCUGAAUUACAAAUAGAGGCCUACGAAGGAAAUCCUUCUAAAUUUAACGAAACAGCCAACAGAUUGGAAUGGCAGAGACGAAGCCCUGACUGGUAUCAGACAUGAAGUUAUCUUUAAUGUCUGCUGAAGCAGUGCUUUCUAAAUGUAUUAGUGCUCUUUUAAGGUGAGGCAUUAGGGAGAUUGGAGGGGCCUAACUGAAGUCAUUUAUUCUCUCUUUGUUCCUUGUGCAUAUAGAGCUGAACACUGAGCCUAGAACUUGAAUUAACCCUUCCUGAUUUGUGGAUUUUAAAAAAAAGAUUUGGUUUCCUUUGUCUCUGUUUAAGCAUCUCCUGAUUUUUCCAAGUGCAAUAUGUAUACUAUAAAUGUCAAGAGUUGAUCUCUAGCUUGUGCAUAUCAUGUGAGCUAUUCUCACUGCAAUAAGUGUGCACUCCUAAAAAUACUACUCAGAAAGUCUGCAGGAGACACCAUUUUUACCUUCAUCGGUUUAACAUCCCUUUAGGAACCCGUGAACUCUAAUCAGCCUGCCGUUUUGUGUAAGCACAGCUGUUGCAUUGACCAGACAGCAGCUGUGUUUCUGUGGCGCACAGCAACAAAACAGACGAAACCACAGGUAUUUCCUCACUGGAUGCCUGGUUUGUGGUUCACAGUUCGGAGGAAUGUUCCACUCAGGACCAAGUUUCAUCAACCUGAUUGCUGCUGUCCAUCUGCAACAGUUGGGUUGUACAGUAUAAGAAGGUAUUGGACUGGCUGGUGAGGACUGGUCCACAGUGGAACAGCUUUCCAUCCAGGAGUAGUCUUGUGCGCUGUCAGGCUAAGCCAGUGCAGUGCUUAACAACCCUGGUUCCAGAGGAGCUGGAUUCCAUUCCAGCUGAGCUCUACAUCUCCAGCGCUCAUUGAUGUCUUAAAUGAUCCGCUUGCUUGUUUCGAUUUUGUUUGACUUGUUUCUUCGCUCAGUCCUGAGUGUCAAAAAUACCCCCACCUUAAGAACACUGUUGCCAACAACAGAGUGCUUUUUCGUCCACUUGCCUUCUGUUAUUUCUGAAUAAACAGCUCUUACUAGUAGGUGAAUUGAUGAUGAGCAAACACAGCUUGUAGUUACACUAUCAGACAAACCUACAUAGGUGUGGUAUUGUCUGGCACGCCCACAGUGGGUGUGCCUUGUAACAGACACGCCCACAAAGGGUGUGGCAUCACAUCAGACCUGCCCACAGUGUGUUUUUUUUCCUUCUGCAGAGGACAAAAUUCCAAUUGAAUUUCGAAGAGCUGAAAGCUAAUUUAUGAAUAUGCUGCUUGUAGAAAACUGAAAUCAGUGAGCCUGUGUUUAAGCACUCAGCUGGAAGAAAAACAAGACGCCACUGUUUCUCCAGGACCAGGACUGGGAACCACAAGGACGGCCUCAUCCCACUGUCAGCUCACAUGCUUUCCCUCAUAGAUUCCUUGUAUAAUGUUUUUAAUUUGGGGAUGGGGGGAAAAAAACGGAUUUUAAUUUUGCUCUUGAACGUCGGCUGGUCGUAAUUAGAGUACAGAGAAAUGAUCCAGCUGGAACAGGCUUAGGACAGGGCACUGCGGUUCGCUGUAAUGUUUAUGAUUUAAUGGAAGCCAGCCUCACAAAUGAAACAUUACAAUGCUUAAUACAGAAGAUGCGCCCUCUUAAAAGGCCUGCACCCAGAGGGAAGUGAAGCCAGUGUUUUUGCCUGUUGAAAAGCAGGCAGCAAAGAGGUGACAUUCAAAUUGGGUUUCUACUUCUGAGCUCUGUGUCAAUUCUUGCAGUGGCUUCUAGCUAUGUUGUAGAAUUGAAUCUUUUUCAUUGGAAUAAGUUUAUUUUUAUUCUUGACUUUCCAUGGAGCACAACGAUCCUCGUUUGAACUCCUGAAGUUUGAACCACAUCUGUGAAAUGUUCAAAAACAAAGUGUUAACCACAUUCUUUUUCUAAGUUGGUAAUAAUUAGCAAUAUUCAGCACACCAGUAGGGAAGAUCUAACUCUUCAGUGACUCAUAAGCCGUAAAUGCACACUAAGAUUUGUACUGGAGGAAAUUUCAUUAUGUACUUUACUGCAUACUUGUAGAUUUGAAUAGGCUCCUGCCUUUCCUUUGUUAGGGUUAAUGCAGAUUAGUCUCCACCUCAGCAGAAACGGUAUGCUCUUGUCAUUUCAUAUCAUCUGCAAAAUAUUGUGGCUACAUUUCAAUCUUCAGACUUUAGGAUUUUCAUUGACUCCCAUCUGCAAUGGAGUGGGGGGUGCUGCAUUAUGUUUUCAGCUGGCACCUUAUCAACUUUGGCCUGGUUGUCCCCACAGUUGUGCCAAUCUUACACAAAGAGUAGCGGGUGUAGGGAACAGGUUUUCAAGCCAAGUGUUUGAGGCCCAAACUCUGGACUUCUUUAAAAAAGAACAUCUGGAAAUUAAGAUGAGCCAAUCAAAACUGAUUCCCACCCAGUCUCUCUGAGUAGUAUUUGGUUCCAUCCUAGUGUGUGGUGAGUAAGAGGAGGACUUCAAUGCUUUAAAAUGUUGUGAUGCUCUGCUUUAUAAACCUAUAAUGGGAAAGGCUUUGUAUUUUUCUGGAUCUGUUACUAUUCUAAUGACUUAUAUUGGGUCAUUUUUAUGGGGAAUUGUAAAAGGACUAAGGGGGGGUAUGGGAUAGAGCUUAAAAGAACAUACUGAAAAAAAAUGUCAUAAUGACCUACAAUAACCACUGCAGCUAUAAUCUCAAUAUAUCUGUAGCCUUUUUGUGUUGAAUGUAUGUAAAUGAUGAUGAACACCAGAAAAAUAACUCAUGCACUGUAAUUCAAAAACAAGCAACGAAAAAAAACAAACAGAAAUUGAUUAAAAGGGAAACCAUAUUAAUUAGCGUGUGUCUGUAGUGUGUGAGCAGCCUGUUGCUCUGGCCCUGUGGGUGAAUAUUGGGAUCAGACUCAGCUGGGGCAAGAGUGAUCUGCACUGGUACUGCAUGUCCCCACAGUCAUCUGGGGUUGUUGCACUCCUCCAACCCCACAGUCCACUGCUUGUCGCUCGAGAGCCUGGAGGGGGGGGGCACUGUCUUCUGGUUUUCAGUCCAUGUGACUUGAUCAUGUCAGCUCUACCCUUGGUCACUUGGUCUAUCCCCAUUUCCAGGUCUAUAACAAUAACACUUAAACGAUGCCUAUUAAACCCGGUGGACAGGUGGACCCUCCAGAACCAGGAAGGGAUAUCACUGUCAUCGUCCUUCAGUACGAUGGUUAACUUAAUUACAAAGCACUUAUUUUCUUCUUCUGUCCCAACAGCAAUUUCCCAGGGGUUCUCUGAGUAUUUCCACUGCUCUCUAAAUGCCUUUCGACAGCUGAGAUCCAUGCACCCACAGCCACACUGGAGAAUUCAUUCAGGUGUGCAUUGGUGUGUUCUCCAGCAAGCAUGUAUAUUAAUUGGAUGAUAUUUACUUGACUGUCUUACUCUGAAAUGGGGUAGUGCAGUUGGUACUGUAGGUCUCUGGGCUCAUGGCUGCUUGGCCGUGGGUUCGAGUCCACAGUGCAGACACUGCUGUUGUAGCUUGAGCAACACGCUUUACCCCAGUUGCGGCAACCCACCCAGCUGAUUGAAUGGGGAGCAGUGUUUCCUGGGGGUCACCAUGGGGUGACUCUCGAGCGCCCCUUUUGCAUUACACUGUGGAAAUCGAGCUAGGUAGACGGCCCAUCAGUCCACAACUUAUCAAGAUAUGUUGCACUCCUACAACCCUCUUUUAAGGCUUGGAAACUUGCUAAGUGAUACCAGUGGAAGACAGAGCAGCAGUGGGAGUACUGGGAGGCUGUGAUGAAGGAGGAACAAAAUGAUCUUUGAUGCUGGCUUAACACUGCAGCUGUCUGUCCAAACCCAUGGCUAGCCCAAUAGGGAGUGAGCACGUUCGCUAUUCAGUAAUUUGCUAUCCCCCGAUAGAAACUGAGGGUCUUUCCCAGUGAUAUUAAAGCAGCAGGUGAGAACUCAUUAUAUACUAUCAGGCCUCAAAAGCAAACCAGCUCUUAGCUGUAUCGUUAAGGACACUAGUCCUCCUGGUUCCUCACUUUUCUCCCCCUUCCCUCUGGUCAGCGUUAGAGGAGCAUAAAGGCACGAACUUCUAGACUCAGA